UGGGUUCAGAGACAGCAGACUGUGAGCCUGAGCAGGAGCCCUCGAGAGCGGACCGGCAGCCCCCGGCGGGAUGAAGGUGCUCUCGGCUCUCCUGCUGGCCCUCCUGCUGUGCGGGCAGCCAGGCACGGGGCGGGCGCAGGAGGACGACGACGACGACCAGGACAUCGGGCAGGACGGCUACGACGAUGAGGAGGAGGACGAGGAGGAGGCCAGUGUGGCUGCAGGCGGCGGGGACAGAGCGCUGCUGCAGUGCUACUCCUGCCAGUCCCUGCGCAGAGGGGAAGGCUGCGAGCAAGUUCAGAUCUGUGCCCACAGCCACAGCUUCUGCAAAACCCUCAUCUCCCACGGAAACACGGAGUCAGGGCCUCUGACCACUUACUCCGUAUGGUGUACAGACACGUGUCACCCCUUCACCAAGACACUGGAGGGGACCCUGAUGACUGUGACCUGCUGCCAGUCCACUCUCUGCAACCUCCCGCCCUGGCAGGACCCCCCGGGCAGCGGGGCCAGCAGCGCCCGGGGCCGCCGCACGGUGGUGGCCAUCGCCCUGCUGCUCGGCCUCCUCUCCGGCCUCCAGGCCAUGGGGUCCUGAACAGGUCGUCCCACCCGCACCCCAGCUCCCACUCUGGAUGGCCAGCACUUUGUCCAGAGCCCGACCCACCUGCCCCUCCUCCCAGCCCCGGUUUGGCGAAUAAACUCAGCAUCGUACUGGUCCAGCCGGCGCGGCGCUCCCCA